UCUUUUCUCGUGCGUGUAAACGAAUCCGUUUUUUGCAAGCGAACGCAGCACGUCAUCCUCAUUGACUUGUGCGCGCUCCGGUGUACUCCUCCUCGAAGUCGACGUGCGCGCCCCCGUCACCAGACGUUCUUUGGCUCCUCCAGGUGUCCGUCAAAGUGAGGUGAACCUUUUUUUUUUUUUCUUUUCUCUGUUUUGGACGUGUCUGUGUGCGCGUAAUAUUUCCAGUGGUGGGCGUGGCGGACGGGAAGAACGCUACCUCCACCUCCACGCGCGUCAGGUUACUUUUUUUUUUUUUUUUUUUUUGAGUGACAGCGUCACCAUGGCGAAUAAUUCCACGCCGGGCUAUUGUCUCUUCCGCGCCGUCCCCGGGCUCGGGUGACCGACCAAUCAGGCUGCACGUCCGCGCGUGUUUGCCAGCUUGGAAUAAUAUUUUUAAAAGGGAGCUCCUCCACGACAAGCUUGGAGAAGCAGGAGGAGGAGGAGGAGGAGAAGACUGCGGCAACUUUUUUUUUUUGUCUUGGUUUCUCCCCAACUUUGGAGGAAGGAGUUGGUUGGUUUUGUUUUGGUUUUUUUGGUUUUUUUCCAUGGCCGGAGUGGAGUGUCACCUAAUGGACUGAGUGGGAAGCACCCACAAAGUCCCCCCAGCUUGUCCACCAUGUCCAUGCUGCCGACGUUCGGCUUCACGCAGGAGCAAGUGGCGUGCGUGUGCGAGGUUCUGCAGCAGGGCGGCAACAUCGAGCGCCUGGGCCGCUUCCUGUGGUCGCUGCCGGCGUGCGAGCACCUCCACAAGAACGAGAGCGUGCUGAAAGCCAAGGCGGUGGUGGCCUUCCACCGCGGCAACUUCCGCGAACUCUACAAGAUCCUGGAGAGCCACCAGUUCUCGGCGCACAACCACCCCAAGCUGCAGCAGCUGUGGCUGAAGGCGCACUACGUCGAGGCGGAGAAGCUGCGCGGACGGCCGCUGGGCGCCGUGGGCAAGUACCGAGUGCGUCGGAAGUUCCCCCUGCCGCGCUCCAUCUGGGACGGCGAGGAGACCAGCUACUGCUUCAAGGAGAAGAGUCGCAGCGUGCUGCGCGAGUGGUACACGCACAACCCCUACCCGUCCCCGCGCGAGAAGCGAGAGCUGGCCGAGGCCACGGGACUCACCACCACGCAAGUCAGCAACUGGUUCAAGAACCGGCGGCAGCGGGACCGCGCGGCAGAGGCCAAGGAGAGGGAGAACAAUGAGAACGCCAACAACAACAACAGCAACAACAACAAUAACAACAACAAUCCACUGACUUCCUCCAUGAACGGAAGUAAAACUCUUUUGGGGAGCUCGGACGACGACAAAACGCCCGCGGGCACGCCGGACCACCACACGCCCCCGAGCCCGGCGCUGCUGCUGCACGGCUCCGCGGGCGGCGGCCAGCUGCAGGCCCCCUUGCACGGCCUGGCGCCUCCGCCCGGCCCCAGCGCCAUCCCGGUCCCCGGAGGCGGCGGCGGCGGCGGCGACUCUGUGCACCACCACCACCACCACCACCUCCACCACCACCACCCCAUGCACCACGACACCAUACUGAACCCUAUGUCGUCCAACUUAGUGGACCUGGGCUCGUAGAAGAAGAAGUUUGCGGAGGACGUUUUUCGCUUGUUUCCCCCUUUUUUUGUAAUAGAGAGAGUGCAGAAAUGUGCCAGUGGGGAUUUUUUUUAUUUUUUAUUUUUUAUUUUUAAAGAAAGCACUUAAAAAGGACAACAUUUCCCCUUCAAUUGGCAACAAAGGUGAGGUGGGUCCAUUACAGUGGAAAGACAAACGAAAAAAAGUAUUUUUAGCAAAAUGUAACAUGUCAGAUUGUUGAAAACAAUAAUAAUAAAAAUGUCUUAAUUAUUGCUAAUUGUUUUUCUAGGUGGAUUAGAUCGUUUUUCUUUGUUUACAGGGUUUUCUAAGAGAGCCCAACUAGUUUUGUUUUAGUUUUAUUUAUGCAGGGGGGGGGAGUGACUAAGGGGGAGUCGUCUUCAAGUGUCUUACAUAAAGAGCCGUGAUAAGAUGAAAUAUCUUUCAAUAAUCUCUUGAUAUUAUGAUGAUGAUGAUGAUUAUUAUUAUCAUCAUUUGGAGUAAAAAAAAAAAAAAAAAAAAAAAAAAAAAAGACUGCAUGUGAAGUUUACACGAUGAAGCCUAAAAGGAAUCGCCUAUAGUUUCAUAUAACCUUUACAAUAAAAAGACAAGAAAUAUG